GUGCCCCUCCGCCACUGCAGCGGCCAGCCCCUCCUUUCCCAGCAACAUUUUACCCCACCCCGUCAUCCGAUCCUAUCGCUCCGAUAACCAAUACUGACAUUCCUCUUUGAUUCAAGUAGUGUGACAGCAAGGCUCCCGAUCUGGGACUAGUAGACCGCUUCCUCGGGUUCCUCCAAGUGGUUCUGAACUUGCCAUAUCCCCGAGCCAACAGCUUGAACCUCGACUGUUCGAACAUCCACCACCACCACAACUAUUGUUCCCAUCACCACCACCAUCACCACCCACCAUGACAUUAACAUACCCCACCCUCCCCCCAACCCUCCUCAUCAUCUCCCUGAAGAUGUACUUCACUCCCGCCCAGACCCAAGAAUACUGCCGCGCCCUCCUCGACCCGCAGAACAACAUCGUCCGACCCUCGCACCACCACUCCAAGCUCCUCCUAGCCCUCAUCCCCGACUUCCUGACCAUCUACCCCUGCGCCGAGAUCAUCAGGCAAUGGGAAGCAGCGACAGCGUCACCCCAAGAACAACAAGACCGGACAUUCCUCCUCGGCGCCCAAGACUGCUUCUGGGAGACUCGAGGCCCCUACACGGGCGAGGUGUCGCCGUCCGCGCUGCGGGCGCUGGGCGUCUCGAUCGUGGAACUCGGCCACGCGGAGCGCCGCGAUCUCUUCGGCGAGACGGACGAGCAGACCGGCCGCAAGGCGGCCGCCGUGUGCGCCAACGGCAUGGUCCCCUUGGUCUGCAUCGGCGAGGUCACCGCCCCGGGCCCCGUGGCCUCGCAGGCCGUCGGCCGCGCGGUGCAAGAGUGUGCGGGCCAGGUGCGCGCGGUGCUGGCCGCCAUCCCCGCGGACGCGCCGGUCAUCUUCGCCUACGAGCCGGUCUGGGCGAUUGGGAAGCCCGCGCCCGCGGGCGUGGAGCAUAUUGCGGCGGUGGUGGAGGGGAUCAAGGCUGUGGUCAUGGGGAGUGGUGGUGGUACCACCGGCAGCCGCGCGGGGCAGGUCCGCAUUCUCUAUGGGGGGAGUGCCGGCCCCGGGCUGUGGGGCGCGGGCGGGCUGGGCAAGGCCGUCGAUGGCAUGUUCCUGGGGAGGUUCGCCCACGAGAUCGAUGGGGUUCGCAAGGUGGUUCGCGAGGUCGAGGAGACGAUAGGUUUGACGGCGUGAGUAAGGUCAAAGUCGGGAAGACUUUUGUUCCUGUGUAUUUGAACCCGUUUCAAGUCGGUACGCGAUUAUUCCAUUGAGCAAUGGCAGUACG